GUUUUGCGCAAUUUGCCGGGAUAUUGCAACGUUAAAUUAGAAGCAGCACUGGCCAAUAGCAGUAAUACGGAGCAGAAAGCACCAAUUUUAGUAAUUGCAUUAAGGCAUAUUGUGGUUGGUGAACGUGCAGCUCUACAGAUGGGUGUCAGACGCCGUAAUUUGAUCUACACAUGCGCAGCACUGUGUCGCGAGCGUCGCGAAGUACUGAAGGAUGUGGCUGUAGAAAAUGGUCUGUUAUCAUUCAUAUCACAAGCAAUAUCAGUGCUAAAAAUCAAAACCAGCUCCGCGCAUUCACACCCUGUGAAAGGCUUUUACUUCAAAAUUUACGCACCAUAA